UGUAGUAUGAAUGCAAAACGAACAUCCCCCAAAAACCCUCUGCCUUUUUAUCUAUUGUUUUGGAUGCCAGCGGCAGGGCUUCACUUGUUUGUCAAAUGGCAGUAUUAGUAGGGGAAAAAGGCAGGCAGAAGUGAGCAGAGAGGAAUCCCGUGCAUACGGCAGGCUCUGUCGGCUCCCCUCCCCCCUCCUUUCCUUCCCUCUUACAGUCCGCUCCGCAGCAGCAGGACAGAGGUAGUUCAGUUUUUGAAGCCGUGGCAUGAAUGAUCUCAUCUGAACCUGAUCUCCGCUCUCCCUGCCGUCGAUCCUAUGACCGAGACGGGAAUAAAAUAACACAAACACGAGCAGGAGUCUUGCCUCAGACUGGCCUAAAAUGGGCAGAAAUGGUGCUGAACAAAAGCUGCUUGUCGCUCGUACAAAAGUACUUGAAGCGUUGCAGCCGGGACCAAGCUGCAUUGCUAUUGCCUGUGCCUCUCAACAGGAAAGAGAGACAACAUGUUCCCGAAGGGCACCAAGCGCAAGUUUUCAGACUCUGGGGAGGAGCCGGUCUCCAGUGGUGACCAGGGCCAGGUAGCUUCAUCCAUGGCAGCUCGGACGCUGUCAUCUUCUUAUAGUUUGCAGCGGCAGUCGCUGCUCGACAUGUCGCUGAUUAAGCUGCAGCUCUGCCACAUGCUGGUGGAGCCCAACCUGUGUCGCUCAGUGCUCAUUGCUAACACGGUGCGGCAGAUCCAGGAGGAGAUGACCCAGGACGGCACCUGGCAGAUAAUGACCCAGGCCCUGGCAGCCGCCCAGUGUCCCAGUGACCGCCUGGUGGCCACGGAGGUGCUGUGCCGGCAGACAGAUGCAGCAGCUCAAGCCGGGCAGAGCUCAAAGCCCUUCUCAGUGGUUGGCUUGGACGAAGGCUACCACUCUGAGGAGGUGGUGAUGGAGGGAGAUGUGGGGACAGAGGUCAACAUGUCCACUUUGUCACCGGUCUCCCCACAGCUGUCCUCCUCUUCAUACCUGACAGGCCCCUUUGGCAUGGGGCCCUGCUGGGAGGAGGAAGAGGAAGAUGGCGAGUGUGAGGAGGAUGAAGAGGAGGACAGCGAGGUAUGUGUGUCGGAGGGAGAGGACGGAGAUCGGGACCACAUGCGUGCAGACUCCAGGACAGGAGAGCAGGUUUUUGGGACUUUUGAGAUCAAGCACCCAGCACCACCCCCUGACCCUGCACUGGAGGAACUGUUUUCAGAUGUGGACCCGUCCUACUACGACCUUGACACAGUGCUGACAGGCAUGCAGAGCGCCCCCAAGAUGGGGCCUUACGAUUUGCUGGAGAGCCUUUCUUCUCACGGGCCCACAGCCCUGAGCUCCAGCUCAAGCUGCAGGUCAGACCUGAAUGAACUGGACCACAUCAUGGAAAUCAUAGUGGGAUCCUGAAACACAGAACCUUUCUCCAGCCUGUACUGAUCCCACAGGCUCUUUCCAGGCUAUGCACAGUACAUGUGCAUGUUCUGUAUGUGGUAUUGUAUACAUGGAGAUUGUUGGAGGUUUGGGGACAAGGUGGGAAAUUAACAGCAAGCCAAGUAGAUUUUGAAAUUGGCUGUUAGGGAUGUUGUUAGUCUACUCUCACAGCUACUUGGGCAAGUUGGCAGCUGCUUUUGGGACCUUCAUCCUUUUAUUCAAAACUGUAAUUGGCAGUUUAAGUUGUUAGGGUGAAAUACAUUUUAAGAUUCACAAGCGACCCUGGCCUGUCGGUUACUUUUCUACUUUGGUGAUGAUACCCAAACCUCGACGGUAUCUGUGAGAAGGCAAAAAUAAUUACCUAUACCAUGAUCCAUUCUUAUUUACCUACUUUCCAUGUUUACGCCUGUCAUACAUUCUGGCAUACUAGCUCCUUCUGAUCGUACUCUCUGCUAUUUUGUCCAUUUCUAUUUAUUGUUACCUGGACUGAGGAACAAUUCAUCACACUACAUGCAUCAGAGACCAGAACAAAUUGUAAAUCCAAAUCUAUGAAUUAAUGCAUAUUUUCCUAAAGAUUUGAGCAAUUAUGAAUGGAAUAUAUGUAGAUGUAUGUAUGUGUAUAUAGAAAUAUAUUUUUUGCAUUAUACAGCUGGGGGAUUUUGCAAAUAUCAUUUGAUAUUAUUGUUUUUUCCUCCCAAGCAGUUUUUAAGAUUUUAAUGUAGCCAGACGCGAGACAGUGUCUUCCCAUGGUUUGGUAUAACAAGUCGACUGUAACCACCGGUGUCAGGACUGGCAUCGUCACACAUUUCUAGGCGCUGUUCUUUCAUUUUCUCUAAAGCUUUAUGCAAGGCAGGGAAGUUACAGCCAGCCACCAUCCAAACUCUCACUAAGGUCUGUCCAUUUCUGGUAAGUUUACAGUAGCCAGUGGAUGAAGUGAAGUAAGUUUCCUGCCCUGCUUUACUGAUCUAAUAAUAAUAGCAGCUUUUUCCUGACGCAUUCGGAGAAACCCCGGGGUGAUAACUGCAUCAAGAAGCCAUAUUUCUUUCUCUCAUUUGUUAGAACUACAAAUGAAGAAUAAUGUAUGUCAACCCAUCUAAUUUAUUGUUUUUAUUUAUUGUAUUUAUUAUAUCCAGGUACAGACAUGCCAUACUGACUUAACAAAUCAACCAUGAGGCCCGAUGAAAUAUUUAGCCAAAUUUUGCCCUCUGUUUUGAAUGCAGUACCUAUUUAUUCCUCACGUUUUAUUAAAAUUAGUAGUAAUAAUAACCCGGUUACUAUGCAGCUCUGUCAUACAUGUUUCAAAAUGAUUGUAUUCAACUCAAAUGUCCUUUAAUUCCUUUAUGCAAACAGUUGCCUUUCUCCUGAAGAUACGGAAAAUCAAAAGCAUUUUUCAAACUUGUUACUUAACAAUGAUGAAGAGAUUAACUCAGGCAAACAAGAUGUAUUGACUAAAAAUACAGUAUUACGACACGCUUAAUACCUUACCACAACACUCCUGAAGGAUGUCACUCUGGUGUGAAUGGGAGCUAGAACUCAAAGACUAAUGACCGUUGUAAAAUGUAUGCAUUUUUUUAUAUUAAGGAAAAACAUUGUAGCAUCUUUGUAAAUA